AAGGAUAUUUCACUGAAACUAAAAACUGAUUCAACUAAAGACUGCUAAGCUCUACACAUUAAAACUAUAACUCCAAGACCAUGUCUGCGGCGGAACUGGAACCCGAGGCUGCCGCCCAGGAGCAAAAACCGCAGCAACAACAGCAAGGAGGGGAAACCAAUACAAACACUGCCAUCGAUGAGAAUCAACAAACCGAAACAAUUUGCUACAACAAUAAUUUGGACACCCAGGAAACCCAGCUACCGAUGCACCAGGAUCCGCAGCAACAGGAACUCGAGGGCAACAGCAACGGCAUCACAGGACUCGGGCUCAGUCUGAUGAACUCCUCCCCGCCGCCGCACAGCUAUCGGCACUCGCGGGCCUAUCGCCACUUCAAGAACCCGCCGCAGCCCCACAUGUGCAUCCGCACCACCACGGAGUCCGGCGAGGAGCUCUUCAUCAACGUCCUCAGCUGGACGCGCAUUGUGAUACCGCAGGAGCCCAGCGAUCCCAUUCCCCUCUACGGCGGCAUGCGGGUGCCACCUGGCAGUCCGCGAAGUCCUCCCAUUGUCUUUGCCGUAAUGGCCAAUCCAGAGGUUCUGAAGGAUUCAGGACGCCACAGCAAAGAUCCCGAGGAGCGACGAGCCAUGGUGGAGCUGAUGUGUGACUUUGUGGAGGCUAUGAAUCCAGGCGUGAAACUAGUCAGAAACGCCGUAAUACUCAAGGAUCGCGACAUCUCCGGCGAGCUGAAGGACGUUUGGAACGCCGUGCAGGCGCAGCGCGAUCGUGAGCGGGAGGAGCAGAUGAUGCAGCAGCGCCAGCAGCAGCACUACCAGAACAUCACCACGCAGCAGAUGUUUCCCAAGUCGCCGGAUGCGGCGAGGGCGGCUAGUGCUGCUGGUGCUGCAAUGAGCGAGGCGGGCUCGCCACCAGCUCACCUGCCCGAGUCCCAGUUGGCAGAGAAUGGCAAUGGCAAUGGCAUCACCCUGGCCGUGUUUGCCCAGCAACUGGACAACAAGGUGGCCAGCGAGCAGGCGGAACAGCAGGAGCCAUCGGGAGCAUUACUGGAGGAAGCUUGUGUGGAUCAAACGGAUGCGGGAAGCUCGGCGAAUGGAUCAGCAAUGGUGCUGGACAAUCAAACAGUUCCGGUGGAGGCCGAACCAGAGGUAAAGGUUGCUCCACCGGCAGCCACCAAUGGUGCCAGCAACUCAACGCCCCCACCAUCAGCCGCAUCAACUCCCAGUCCAACUGCAGCUCCAGCUGCUCCCGUUGCCACACCAACUCCUCCGCCCGCUGCGCCCACCAAGAAGGAGAAACUGGGCGGCUUCUUGCCCAACGGCUGCAUCUUCCCGCGCUUCAAGAACAACAAGCACAAGGAUAAGGAGGGCAAGAGCAAAGAGAAGACCCUGCUGAAUGCGCUGAAAAAGAGCAAGGAGAAGAAGGUGGCGCCCAGUGAGCAGCCGUCGGAGAAGACCGCCGCCGCCGCCGCCUCGGACAACGGAACCACGCAGUACGAGAAGAACUGCAUCAACAAUCUGGAGUGCGAGGUGCAGAAGCUGGAUCUGAACAGCGGCAGCAAUGGCGACAACGGCAUGUUCAUCAAGCUGAAAGUUUCGCCGGCCAAUGCCACAGCAGCGGCAGCGGCUGCAAAGUAGAUAUAAUCCUGAAUUUACAGUAUAGAGGGCACCACACUUAGGGCUUAGAGUCGCGGAUAGAGUCGUGUAGCAUAUACAAGAUUUAUAUAUACAGAAUAUAUAUAUAGUAUAUAGUGUAUACACUCA